CCGGCCCCAUGCAGCCCGCCAUGAUGAUGUUCUCCAGCAAGUACUGGGCGCGCCGGGGCUUCUCGCUGGACUCGGCCCUGCCGGAGGAGCGCCCCGCCGCCGGCAGCCUCACCCUAAACAGAUCAAGUUCUGGGAAAAAUGAAGAGAAGAAAGGGAAUAAGGGAAAUGGGAAAAGUGAAUCUGCUUCUGAAGGUGGAAAGACAGCUGUGGUGUUUUCUUUGAAGAAUGAAGUGGGUGGAUUGGUGAAAGCUCUCAGACUCUUCCAGGAAAAACACGUGAGUAUGGUUCAUAUUGAAUCACGAAAAUCAAAGAGAAGGAAUUCAGAGGUGGAAAUUUUUGUGGACUGUGACUGCAGUAAGAAAGAAUUUAAUGAACUAAUCCAGUUGCUCAAGUUUCAAACUAAUAUAGUAUCUCUCAAUCCACCAGAAAACAUCUGGACUGAUGAAGAAGAUCUCGACUGUGUCCCUUGGUUCCCCAGGAAGAUCUCUGAGUUGGACAAAUGUUCUCAGAGAGUUUUGAUGUAUGGAUCUGAGCUGGAUGCUGAUCACCCCGGAUUUAAAGACAAUGUCUAUCGACAGAGAAGAAAGUACUUUGUGGAUGUUGCCAUGAGCUAUAAAUAUGGUCAACCCAUUCCCAGAGUGGAGUACACAGCUGAAGAAGUUAAAACUUGGGGGGUGGUAUUUAGGGAACUCAGUAAACUCUAUCCCACUCAUGCUUGUCGUGAAUAUUUAAAAAACUUUCCUCUGCUGAGCAAGUACUGCGGAUACAGAGAAGAUAAUGUGCCUCAGUUGGAAGAUGUUUCUAUUUUUCUUAAAGAGAGGUCUGGCUUCACAGUGAGACCAGUUGCUGGAUACCUGUCUCCCCGUGACUUUUUAGCUGGCCUAGCAUACAGAGUCUUUCACUGCACUCAGUACAUACGGCACGGCUCAGAUCCCCUCUACACACCAGAACCGGAUACAUGCCAUGAACUCCUGGGACAUGUGCCUCUACUUGCUGAUCCCAAAUUUGCACAGUUUUCACAAGAAAUAGGACUUGCUUCACUGGGAGCAUCUGAUGAAGAUGUUCAGAAAUUAGCCACUUGCUAUUUCUUUACAAUUGAAUUUGGCCUGUGCAAGCAAGAAGGACAACUGCGUGCUUAUGGGGCAGGACUUCUGUCUUCUAUUGGAGAGUUAAAGCAUGCUCUCUCUGACAAGGCAAAUGUGAAAACAUUCGAUCCAAAGACAACCUGUUUGCAAGAAUGCCUUAUCACUACUUUCCAGGAAGUUUACUUUGUUUCAGAGAGUUUUGAAGAGGCCAAAGAAAAGAUGAGAGACUUCGCCAAAUCAAUCAAUCGUCCCUUCUCUGUGUAUUUCAAUCCAUAUACGCAAAGCAUUGAGAUUCUGAAGGAUACCAGGAGUAUAGAAAAUGUUGUCCAGGACCUCCGCAGUGAUCUAAACACUGUAUGUGAUGCUCUAAGUAAAAUGAACAGAUAUUUAGGGAUUUGAUAUGUUUGGCACUGUGAUUUGCUGUCAGUUGCUCUGUAUGUAGCCACUUACAUCACAUGAGAUGGCGAAUUUAUCAGAACCAUCAGUUUUCCCUUUACAGCUUGGCCUGCGGCUUGCAUCAUUGUGUAGCUCUGUCUAACUGUAAUAUGCACAAAAACCAAGGCAAUGCUAAUUUGUAAAUGAAACAUGGAAUGUGGCAGAAUAUAGUCAUCAAUUCUUCAGCACAAUGUCAUGUACAAGUAUACCAUUAAAAACU